ACUUCAGACCGUUCACCAAUAGGAUUGCUCCAUCUGUCCUAUAGGAACUCUGAUAAUGUCAUACGUGGACGAAGAGGUAUAUUAGGUGAAAGCGUUGGAGGAAGUGAGAUAAAGCUCCAAUCGAAGGUCUAAGUUAGAAGCGGUUUUCCAGUUUGAUUACGUUUCACUUUCCUCGAUUUUUGGCACUUUUGUGGUGGUCGUGGCAGCAAUUUGACGUAACUCGGAAUAAAGUUAAAAUUAGUUAAUAAGAAAUGAAGUUUUCAUUGUUACUUUUUGCUCUUGUAGCAUGUGUUACUGCCGAUGUAUAUUUCGAAGAAAAAUUCGAUGAUGAUUCUUGGGAAAAAAAUUGGAUUUACAGCAAACAUCCCGGAAAAGAAUUCGGAAAAUUUGUAAGAACUGCUGGAAAGUUCUACAAUGAUGAGGAUGCAGAUAAAGGUAUCCAAACUUCCCAAGAUGCCCGUUUCUAUGCUCUCAGCAAAAAAUUCAGCCCCUUCUCAACAGAAGGAAAGAACUUAGUUAUCCAAUUCAGCGUCAAGCAUGAACAGAAAAUCGAUUGCGGAGGUGGAUACGUUAAAGUAUUCGAUUGCUCCCUCAACCAAGAAGACAUGCACGGAGAAUCUCCCUACAGGCUCAUGUUCGGACCUGACAUCUGCGGUCCAGGUACCAAGAAGGUCCACGUCAUCUUGAACCACAACAACCAGAACCACCUCAUCAACAAGGAGAUAACCUGCAAAGACGACGAGUACACCCACGUCUACACCCUCAUCAUCAAACCCGACAACACUUACGAGGUACUCAUCGAUGGUGAUAAGAAAGAGAGCGGAAGCUUGGAAGACGACUGGGACAUCCUCCCACCAAAGAAGAUCAAGGACCCCGAGGCCAAGAAACCAGAAGACUGGGACGAUCGCGAAACCAUCCCUGACCCAGAAGACACCAAGCCCGAAGACUGGGAAAAACCAGAACACAUCCCUGACCCAGAAGCAACCAAACCCGAAGACUGGGACGAUGAGAUGGACGGAGAAUGGGAACCACCAAUGAUCGACAACCCAGAAUACAAGGGAGAAUGGGCGCCCAAACAGAUCGACAACCCCGCCUACAAGGGACCCUGGGUACAUCCCGAAAUCGAAAACCCAGAAUACCACCCAGAACCUAACCUAUACUCCCAGAAGGAGAUCUGUGCCAUCGGUCUGGACUUGUGGCAAGUCAAGUCGGGUACCAUCUUUGACAAUAUCUUGAUAACCGAUGAUGUAGAAUACGCAAGUAGCGCCAUCUCGAACCUCAAGGUCACGCAAGAGGGAGAGAAGAAGAUGAAGGAAGAACAAGAGAAGGCGGAAAGAGAAGCGGCGAAGAAAGACGAUGAUAAGAAAGAAGAUGAGGAAGAUGAUGAAGAUGCCGAUGAUGAGGAUGAGAAGGUUCCACCAGUAGAGGAGGCAGACCACGAUGAAUUGUAAAAAAGUGUAAUUUAAGAGACCUUUUUUUAUACAUUACAGUGUGCAGUGCUUGGUUAAUAGUGUGUACUGUUUCCUUUGACUGAUUUUUUGUUAAGGUUGAGUAAUCUUCUAAAUAAAUCGAAAAUUUUU